AUGUCGACUGACGCUUACAUAAAAAUAGAGAAAAUAGGAGAAGGUACAUAUGGUGUUGUUUAUAAGGCAAAAAAUAAAUUGACUGGCCAAUAUGUUGCCCUGAAAAAGAUAAGAUUGGAGGCUGAAGAUGAAGGUGUGCCAUCUACAGCAAUUAGAGAAAUUUCGUUUUUGAAAGAAUUAAAACACCCAAAUAUUGUUACAUUGGAAAGUGUAUUAUUAGAUGAAAAACGUCUUUUUUUAGUUUUUGAAUUUUUAUCAAUGGAUUUAAAAAAAUAUUUAGAUUCAAUACCUAAAGGGGAAGAAUUGGAUCUCAAAUUAAUUAAGGUAGUAACACUAUGGUACAGAGCACCUGAAAUACUUUUAGGAUCAGCCAAAUACUCAGGAGCAAUUGAUAUUUGGAGUAUAGGAUGUAUAUUUGCAGAAAUGAUUAAUAUGAAGCCUCUUUUCCAUGGUGAUUCAGAGAUUGAUCAGCUUUUUAGGAUAUUUAGAAUUUUAAGUACUCCCAAUGAAACAACAUGGAAAGGUGUGACAAAUUUACCUGACUUUAAACUUACAUUUCCCAACUGGAAAAACUUUGCCUUACCUGGAAUCAUGAAGAAUUCUGACGAGGAAGGACUAGAUUUAUUAAAAAAAACCCUAAUAUAUGACCCAAGUAACCGAAUAUCCGCCAAACAAGCUUUGAUCCAUCCGUACUUUGAUGAUUUGGAUAAAAUGGCAUAUCCAGAAACUUAA